AUGCCUUAUUGCACCUCGCCUCCCAAGCACCUCGCCUCCCAAGCACCUCGCCUCCCAAGCACCUCACUACCUUGUUGCCCCCACCUGCGCGCACAAGAUGAGGCACAAGAUGAGGCACAAGAUGAGGCACAAGAUGAGGCACAAGAUGAGGCACAAGAUGAGGCACAAGAUGAGGCACAAGAUGAGGCACAAGAUGAGGCACAAGAUGAGGCACAAGAUGAGGCACAAGAUGAGGCACAAGAUGAGGCACAAGAUGAGGCACAAGAUGAGGCACAAGAUGAGGCACAAGAUGAGGCACAAGAUGAGGCACAAGAUGAGGCACAAGAUGAGGCACAAGAUGAGGCACAAGAUGAGGCACAAGAUGAGGCACAAGAUGAGGCACAAGAUGAGGCACAAGAUGAGGCACAAGAUGAGGCACAAGAUGAGGCACAAGAUGAGGCACAAGAUGAGGCACAAGAUGAGGCACAAGAUGAGGCACAAGAUGAGGCACAAGAUGAGGCACAAGAUGAGGCACAAGAUGAGGCACAAGAUGAGGCACAAGAUGAGGCACAAGAUGAGGCACAAGAUGAGGCACAAGAUGAGGCACAAGAUGAGGCACAAGAUGAGGCACAAGAUGAGGCACAAGAUGAGGCACAAGAUGAGGCACAAGAUGAGGCACAAGAUGAGGCACAAGAUGAGGCACAAGAUGAGGCACAAGAUGAGGCACAAGAUGAGGCACAAGAUGAGGCACAAGAUGAGGCACAAGAUGAGGCACAAGAUGAGGCACAAGAUGAGGCACAAGAUGAGGCACAAGAUGAGGCACAAGAUGAGGCACAAGAUGAGGCACAAGAUGAGGCACAAGAUGAGGCACAAGAUGAGGCACAAGAUGAGGCACAAGAUGAGGCACAAGAUGAGGCACAAGAUGAGGCACAAGAUGAGGCACAAGAUGAGGCACAAGAUGAGGCACAAGAUGAGGCACAAGAUGAGGCACAAGAUGAGGCACAAGAUGAGGCACAAGAUGAGGCACAAGAUGAGGCACAAGAUGAGGCACAAGAUGAGGCACAAGAUGAGGCACAAGAUGAGGCACAAGAUGAGGCACAAGAUGAGGCACAAGAUGAGGCACAAGAUGAGGCACAAGAUGAGGCACAAGAUGAGGCACAAGAUGAGGCACAAGAUGAGGCACAAGAUGAGGCACAAGAUGAGGCACAAGAUGAGGCACAAGAUGAGGCACAAGAUGAGGCACAAGAUGAGGCACAAGAUGAGGCACAAGAUGAGGCACAAGAUGAGGCACAAGAUGAGGCACAAGAUGAGGCACAAGAUGAGGCACAAGAUGAGGCACAAGAUGAGGCACAAGAUGAGGCACAAGAUGAGGCACAAGAUGAGGCACAAGAUGAGGCACAAGAUGAGGCACAAGAUGAGGCACAAGAUGAGGCACAAGAUGAGGCACAAGAUGAGGCACAAGAUGAGGCACAAGAUGAGGCACAAGAUGAGGCACAAGAUGAGGCACAAGAUGAGGCACAAGAUGAGGCACAAGAUGAGGCACAAGAUGAGGCACAAGAUGAGGCACAAGAUGAGGCACAAGAUGAGGCACAAGAUGAGGCACAAGAUGAGGCACAAGAUGAGGCACAAGAUGAGGCACAAGAUGAGGCACAAGAUGAGGCACAAGAUGAGGCACAAGAUGAGGCACAAGAUGAGGCACAAGAUGAGGCACAAGAUGAGGCACAAGAUGAGGCACAAGAUGAGGCACAAGAUGAGGCACAAGAUGAGGCACAAGAUGAGGCACAAGAUGAGGCACAAGAUGAGGCACAAGAUGAGGCACAAGAUGAGGCACAAGAUGAGGCACAAGAUGAGGCACAAGAUGAGGCACAAGAUGAGGCACAAGAUGAGGCACAAGAUGAGGCACAAGAUGAGGCACAAGAUGAGGCACAAGAUGAGGCACAAGAUGAGGCACAAGAUGAGGCACAAGAUGAGGCACAAGAUGAGGCACAAGAUGAGGCACAAGAUGAGGCACAAGAUGAGGCACAAGAUGAGGCACAAGAUGAGGCACAAGAUGAGGCACAAGAUGAGGCACAAGAUGAGGCACAAGAUGAGGCACAAGAUGAGGCACAAGAUGAGGCACAAGAUGAGGCACAAGAUGAGGCACAAGAUGAGGCACAAGAUGAGGCACAAGAUGAGGCACAAGAUGAGGCACAAGAUGAGGCACAAGAUGAGGCACAAGAUGAGGCACAAGAUGAGGCACAAGAUGAGGCACAAGAUGAGGCACAAGAUGAGGCACAAGAUGAGGCACAAGAUGAGGCACAAGAUGAGGCACAAGAUGAGGCACAAGAUGAGGCACAAGAUGAGGCACAAGAUGAGGCACAAGAUGAGGCACAAGAUGAGGCACAAGAUGAGGCACAAGAUGAGGCACAAGAUGAGGCACAAGAUGAGGCACAAGAUGAGGCACAAGAUGAGGCACAAGAUGAGGCACAAGAUGAGGCACAAGAUGAGGCACAAGAUGAGGCACAAGAUGAGGCACAAGAUGAGGCACAAGAUGAGGCACAAGAUGAGGCACAAGAUGAGGCACAAGAUGAGGCACAAGAUGAGGCACAAGAUGAGGCACAAGAUGAGGCACAAGAUGAGGCACAAGAUGAGGCACAAGAUGAGGCACAAGAUGAGGCACAAGAUGAGGCACAAGAUGAGGCACAAGAUGAGGCACAAGAUGAGGCACAAGAUGAGGCACAAGAUGAGGCACAAGAUGAGGCACAAGAUGAGGCACAAGAUGAGGCACAAGAUGAGGCACAAGAUGAGGCACAAGAUGAGGCACAAGAUGAGGCACAAGAUGAGGCACAAGAUGAGGCACAAGAUGAGGCACAAGAUGAGGCACAAGAUGAGGCACAAGAUGAGGCACAAGAUGAGGCACAAGAUGAGGCACAAGAUGAGGCACAAGAUGAGGCACAAGAUGAGGCACAAGAUGAGGCACAAGAUGAGGCACAAGAUGAGGCACAAGAUGAGGCACAAGAUGAGGCACAAGAUGAGGCACAAGAUGAGGCACAAGAUGAGGCACAAGAUGAGGCACAAGAUGAGGCACAAGAUGAGGCACAAGAUGAGGCACAAGAUGAGGCACAAGAUGAGGCACAAGAUGAGGCACAAGAUGAGGCACAAGAUGAGGCACAAGAUGAGGCACAAGAUGAGGCACAAGAUGAGGCACAAGAUGAGGCACAAGAUGAGGCACAAGAUGAGGCACAAGAUGAGGCACAAGAUGAGGCACAAGAUGAGGCACAAGAUGAGGCACAAGAUGAGGCACAAGAUGAGGCACAAGAUGAGGCACAAGAUGAGGCACAAGAUGAGGCACAAGAUGAGGCACAAGAUGAGGCACAAGAUGAGGCACAAGAUGAGGCACAAGAUGAGGCACAAGAUGAGGCACAAGAUGAGGCACAAGAUGAGGCACAAGAUGAGGCACAAGAUGAGGCACAAGAUGAGGCACAAGAUGAGGCACAAGAUGAGGCACAAGAUGAGGCACAAGAUGAGGCACAAGAUGAGGCACAAGAUGAGGCACAAGAUGAGGCACAAGAUGAGGCACAAGAUGAGGCACAAGAUGAGGCACAAGAUGAGGCACAAGAUGAGGCACAAGAUGAGGCACAAGAUGAGGCACAAGAUGAGGCACAAGAUGAGGCACAAGAUGAGGCACAAGAUGAGGCACAAGAUGAGGCACAAGAUGAGGCACAAGAUGAGGCACAAGAUGAGGCACAAGAUGAGGCACAAGAUGAGGCACAAGAUGAGGCACAAGAUGAGGCACAAGAUGAGGCACAAGAUGAGGCACAAGAUGAGGCACAAGAUGAGGCACAAGAUGAGGCACAAGAUGAGGCACAAGAUGAGGCACAAGAUGAGGCACAAGAUGAGGCACAAGAUGAGGCACAAGAUGAGGCACAAGAUGAGGCACAAGAUGAGGCACAAGAUGAGGCACAAGAUGAGGCACAAGAUGAGGCACAAGAUGAGGCACAAGAUGAGGCACAAGAUGAGGCACAAGAUGAGGCACAAGAUGAGGCACAAGAUGAGGCACAAGAUGAGGCACAAGAUGAGGCACAAGAUGAGGCACAAGAUGAGGCACAAGAUGAGGCACAAGAUGAGGCACAAGAUGAGGCACAAGAUGAGGCACAAGAUGAGGCACAAGAUGAGGCACAAGAUGAGGCACAAGAUGAGGCACAAGAUGAGGCACAAGAUGAGGCACAAGAUGAGGCACAAGAUGAGGCACAAGAUGAGGCACAAGAUGAGGCACAAGAUGAGGCACAAGAUGAGGCACAAGAUGAGGCACAAGAUGAGGCACAAGAUGAGGCACAAGAUGAGGCACAAGAUGAGGCACAAGAUGAGGCACAAGAUGAGGCACAAGAUGAGGCACAAGAUGAGGCACAAGAUGAGGCACAAGAUGAGGCACAAGAUGAGGCACAAGAUGAGGCACAAGAUGAGGCACAAGAUGAGGCACAAGAUGAGGCACAAGAUGAGGCACAAGAUGAGGCACAAGAUGAGGCACAAGAUGAGGCACAAGAUGAGGCACAAGAUGAGGCACAAGAUGAGGCACAAGAUGAGGCACAAGAUGAGGCACAAGAUGAGGCACAAGAUGAGGCACAAGAUGAGGCACAAGAUGAGGCACAAGAUGAGGCACAAGAUGAGGCACAAGAUGAGGCACAAGAUGAGGCACAAGAUGAGGCACAAGAUGAGGCACAAGAUGAGGCACAAGAUGAGGCACAAGAUGAGGCACAAGAUGAGGCACAAGAUGAGGCACAAGAUGAGGCACAAGAUGAGGCACAAGAUGAGGCACAAGAUGAGGCACAAGAUGAGGCACAAGAUGAGGCACAAGAUGAGGCACAAGAUGAGGCACAAGAUGAGGCACAAGAUGAGGCACAAGAUGAGGCACAAGAUGAGGCACAAGAUGAGGCACAAGAUGAGGCACAAGAUGAGGCACAAGAUGAGGCACAAGAUGAGGCACAAGAUGAGGCACAAGAUGAGGCACAAGAUGAGGCACAAGAUGAGGCACAAGAUGAGGCACAAGAUGAGGCACAAGAUGAGGCACAAGAUGAGGCACAAGAUGAGGCACAAGAUGAGGCACAAGAUGAGGCACAAGAUGAGGCACAAGAUGAGGCACAAGAUGAGGCACAAGAUGAGGCACAAGAUGAGGCACAAGAUGAGGCACAAGAUGAGGCACAAGAUGAGGCACAAGAUGAGGCACAAGAUGAGGCACAAGAUGAGGCACAAGAUGAGGCACAAGAUGAGGCACAAGAUGAGGCACAAGAUGAGGCACAAGAUGAGGCACAAGAUGAGGCACAAGAUGAGGCACAAGAUGAGGCACAAGAUGAGGCACAAGAUGAGGCACAAGAUGAGGCACAAGAUGAGGCACAAGAUGAGGCACAAGAUGAGGCACAAGAUGAGGCACAAGAUGAGGCACAAGAUGAGGCACAAGAUGAGGCACAAGAUGAGGCACAAGAUGAGGCACAAGAUGAGGCACAAGAUGAGGCACAAGAUGAGGCACAAGAUGAGGCACAAGAUGAGGCACAAGAUGAGGCACAAGAUGAGGCACAAGAUGAGGCACAAGAUGAGGCACAAGAUGAGGCACAAGAUGAGGCACAAGAUGAGGCACAAGAUGAGGCACAAGAUGAGGCACAAGAUGAGGCACAAGAUGAGGCACAAGAUGAGGCACAAGAUGAGGCACAAGAUGAGGCACAAGAUGAGGCACAAGAUGAGGCACAAGAUGAGGCACAAGAUGAGGCACAAGAUGAGGCACAAGAUGAGGCACAAGAUGAGGCACAAGAUGAGGCACAAGAUGAGGCACAAGAUGAGGCACAAGAUGAGGCACAAGAUGAGGCACAAGAUGAGGCACAAGAUGAGGCACAAGAUGAGGCACAAGAUGAGGCACAAGAUGAGGCACAAGAUGAGGCACAAGAUGAGGCACAAGAUGAGGCACAAGAUGAGGCACAAGAUGAGGCACAAGAUGAGGCACAAGAUGAGGCACAAGAUGAGGCACAAGAUGAGGCACAAGAUGAGGCACAAGAUGAGGCACAAGAUGAGGCACAAGAUGAGGCACAAGAUGAGGCACAAGAUGAGGCACAAGAUGAGGCACAAGAUGAGGCACAAGAUGAGGCACAAGAUGAGGCACAAGAUGAGGCACAAGAUGAGGCACAAGAUGAGGCACAAGAUGAGGCACAAGAUGAGGCACAAGAUGAGGCACAAGAUGAGGCACAAGAUGAGGCACAAGAUGAGGCACAAGAUGAGGCACAAGAUGAGGCACAAGAUGAGGCACAAGAUGAGGCACAAGAUGAGGCACAAGAUGAGGCACAAGAUGAGGCACAAGAUGAGGCACAAGAUGAGGCACAAGAUGAGGCACAAGAUGAGGCACAAGAUGAGGCACAAGAUGAGGCACAAGAUGAGGCACAAGAUGAGGCACAAGAUGAGGCACAAGAUGAGGCACAAGAUGAGGCACAAGAUGAGGCACAAGAUGAGGCACAAGAUGAGGCACAAGAUGAGGCACAAGAUGAGGCACAAGAUGAGGCACAAGAUGAGGCACAAGAUGAGGCACAAGAUGAGGCACAAGAUGAGGCACAAGAUGAGGCACAAGAUGAGGCACAAGAUGAGGCACAAGAUGAGGCACAAGAUGAGGCACAAGAUGAGGCACAAGAUGAGGCACAAGAUGAGGCACAAGAUGAGGCACAAGAUGAGGCACAAGAUGAGGCACAAGAUGAGGCACAAGAUGAGGCACAAGAUGAGGCACAAGAUGAGGCACAAGAUGAGGCACAAGAUGAGGCACAAGAUGAGGCACAAGAUGAGGCACAAGAUGAGGCACAAGAUGAGGCACAAGAUGAGGCACAAGAUGAGGCACAAGAUGAGGCACAAGAUGAGGCACAAGAUGAGGCACAAGAUGAGGCACAAGAUGAGGCACAAGAUGAGGCACAAGAUGAGGCACAAGAUGAGGCACAAGAUGAGGCACAAGAUGAGGCACAAGAUGAGGCACAAGAUGAGGCACAAGAUGAGGCACAAGAUGAGGCACAAGAUGAGGCACAAGAUGAGGCACAAGAUGAGGCACAAGAUGAGGCACAAGAUGAGGCACAAGAUGAGGCACAAGAUGAGGCACAAGAUGAGGCACAAGAUGAGGCACAAGAUGAGGCACAAGAUGAGGCACAAGAUGAGGCACAAGAUGAGGCACAAGAUGAGGCACAAGAUGAGGCACAAGAUGAGGCACAAGAUGAGGCACAAGAUGAGGCACAAGAUGAGGCACAAGAUGAGGCACAAGAUGAGGCACAAGAUGAGGCACAAGAUGAGGCACAAGAUGAGGCACAAGAUGAGGCACAAGAUGAGGCACAAGAUGAGGCACAAGAUGAGGCACAAGAUGAGGCACAAGAUGAGGCACAAGAUGAGGCACAAGAUGAGGCACAAGAUGAGGCACAAGAUGAGGCACAAGAUGAGGCACAAGAUGAGGCACAAGAUGAGGCACAAGAUGAGGCACAAGAUGAGGCACAAGAUGAGGCACAAGAUGAGGCACAAGAUGAGGCACAAGAUGAGGCACAAGAUGAGGCACAAGAUGAGGCACAAGAUGAGGCACAAGAUGAGGCACAAGAUGAGGCACAAGAUGAGGCACAAGAUGAGGCACAAGAUGAGGCACAAGAUGAGGCACAAGAUGAGGCACAAGAUGAGGCACAAGAUGAGGCACAAGAUGAGGCACAAGAUGAGGCACAAGAUGAGGCACAAGAUGAGGCACAAGAUGAGGCACAAGAUGAGGCACAAGAUGAGGCACAAGAUGAGGCACAAGAUGAGGCACAAGAUGAGGCACAAGAUGAGGCACAAGAUGAGGCACAAGAUGAGGCACAAGAUGAGGCACAAGAUGAGGCACAAGAUGAGGCACAAGAUGAGGCACAAGAUGAGGCACAAGAUGAGGCACAAGAUGAGGCACAAGAUGAGGCACAAGAUGAGGCACAAGAUGAGGCACAAGAUGAGGCACAAGAUGAGGCACAAGAUGAGGCACAAGAUGAGGCACAAGAUGAGGCACAAGAUGAGGCACAAGAUGAGGCACAAGAUGAGGCACAAGAUGAGGCACAAGAUGAGGCACAAGAUGAGGCACAAGAUGAGGCACAAGAUGAGGCACAAGAUGAGGCACAAGAUGAGGCACAAGAUGAGGCACAAGAUGAGGCACAAGAUGAGGCACAAGAUGAGGCACAAGAUGAGGCACAAGAUGAGGCACAAGAUGAGGCACAAGAUGAGGCACAAGAUGAGGCACAAGAUGAGGCACAAGAUGAGGCACAAGAUGAGGCACAAGAUGAGGCACAAGAUGAGGCACAAGAUGAGGCACAAGAUGAGGCACAAGAUGAGGCACAAGAUGAGGCACAAGAUGAGGCACAAGAUGAGGCACAAGAUGAGGCACAAGAUGAGGCACAAGAUGAGGCACAAGAUGAGGCACAAGAUGAGGCACAAGAUGAGGCACAAGAUGAGGCACAAGAUGAGGCACAAGAUGAGGCACAAGAUGAGGCACAAGAUGAGGCACAAGAUGAGGCACAAGAUGAGGCACAAGAUGAGGCACAAGAUGAGGCACAAGAUGAGGCACAAGAUGAGGCACAAGAUGAGGCACAAGAUGAGGCACAAGAUGAGGCACAAGAUGAGGCACAAGAUGAGGCACAAGAUGAGGCACAAGAUGAGGCACAAGAUGAGGCACAAGAUGAGGCACAAGAUGAGGCACAAGAUGAGGCACAAGAUGAGGCACAAGAUGAGGCACAAGAUGAGGCACAAGAUGAGGCACAAGAUGAGGCACAAGAUGAGGCACAAGAUGAGGCACAAGAUGAGGCACAAGAUGAGGCACAAGAUGAGGCACAAGAUGAGGCACAAGAUGAGGCACAAGAUGAGGCACAAGAUGAGGCACAAGAUGAGGCACAAGAUGAGGCACAAGAUGAGGCACAAGAUGAGGCACAAGAUGAGGCACAAGAUGAGGCACAAGAUGAGGCACAAGAUGAGGCACAAGAUGAGGCACAAGAUGAGGCACAAGAUGAGGCACAAGAUGAGGCACAAGAUGAGGCACAAGAUGAGGCACAAGAUGAGGCACAAGAUGAGGCACAAGAUGAGGCACAAGAUGAGGCACAAGAUGAGGCACAAGAUGAGGCACAAGAUGAGGCACAAGAUGAGGCACAAGAUGAGGCACAAGAUGAGGCACAAGAUGAGGCACAAGUAGCGCAAGGAAAAGGGGCAAUAGGGUUGGAAAAGGGUCAAUAG